ACAAAACGCAGGAAAUACUGAAACUGAUACUAAGAGACAAGUGCUGACAAAUGUGAACUUCGCGCUACCUUACAGUGCCGCAGAGAGACUUGCCUACUGGAACCAUGAAGGCUCGCAUCGAAGAUCGCGUCAUCUACUCACCAUACCCGCAUAUCGACAUCCCAGUGUGCUCGUUUUAUGCCUUGGCAAGAGAGAAGCUGCUGAUUAACCCCAACAAGGUAGCACUGGUCGACGAACAGCUGAGCCUUACACGUGCCGAGGUUCUGACUUGCAUGCAGCGCUAUGCCGUCGGCUUCCGGCAGAAUGGCAUGCUUCCCGGCGACCAUGUCGCCAUUCACGUCAACAACAGCGUGGAAAAUCUGAUAGCAAUAUACGGAUGCAUCCUAGCGGGCGCGACAGCUUUCCUGGCCAACGCCUCGUUCACCGCAUAUGAGCUGCGCCACCUAGUGGAAGACGGCGACUGCACACACGUCAUCACCGACGAGCGGAAUGCAGAGAAGGUUAGGAAAGCAGUUGCGAGCUUAAAGCUAAAGGGACGAUUCAUCGUGGGACAAGCAGCCGACUUCGUGUCUACCUCCGAAUUUUUGAAGAUCGAUGAAAAAGAGUUCCGCGAGUGCCCUGUCACCGAUCCUAAAAACACCGUUCUUGCUGUGUCCUACACAUCGGGAACCACUGCCUUCCCCAAGGGCGCUGAGGUGACUCACUUCAGUUACGUGGGGUGCUUCUACACAACCAGGAUGCACGUGCCCUGGGGAGAACCAGACAUCCUUCUUGGCUUGAACCUGAUCACACAUCAGUCAGGCAUGAUGUACGGCAUGAUAGCUGUCCUUGACGGUGCAACGUAUGCACUUGUGUCAGAGUACACGGCCACUCUGGAAAUCAUGGAUGCUGUCGACAAAUACAAGGCGACGGCAGCGUUGUUGUACCCAAGCAGGCUUCAAGCUCUGGUGCGGGAGAUGCGGCGCACUGGAAGAACACUGCCCAGCAUGCGUGGCAUCGCCGUGGGUGGCAGUUUCUAUCCGAAGCAGUUGCUCGAAGAACUUCCUAGAGUGUUCAGUGGUCUAGAGCGCCUGGUGCACAUGUACGGAACUACCGAAGCGUGCUCCUGUGUUACUUCUCAGCCUAAGAGCAAAGAGCUCAGCAUCAGCACUGACGUCGGCUUCCCUGCUACGAAUGUUAAAGUAAAGGUAGUUGAUUUGCUCACGCGUGAGAAACUUGGUCCCCACCAGACAGGCGAGAUCUGCUAUCGCUCAGAGUGGAUGAUAAGGGGAUACUACAAACGACCCAAAGAAACCAGUGAUCUGUUCGACGAGGAAGGUUGGAUUAUUUCAGGUGACGCCGUUUACUACGACGAAGACGGCCGGAUCUAUUUCGUCGAGCGCCUAAAGCAGAUGAUCGAUUGCAUGGACGACCUCGUGAUUCCCGCCGAACUUGAAGAGCUUCUUCUCCGCCAAUAUGCGUCUGACAUCGCCGAGGUGGCAGUUGUGGGAAUCCCGCAUCCCGACUACGGAGAGGCACCAACGGCGGCAGUGGUGCUCACAGACGAGGGCCGCAAGAAAGACUCAAAGCUGCUCGCCGAAGAGAUAAAAGCAACAGUAGCGAGUAUCCACGCUUUACAGAAGCACCUUUACGGCGGUGUCUUCUUCCUGGAUUCACUACCAAAGACGGACACCGGAAAAGUCAAAAGAGCCACCUUGGUUCGCUCUCUCGCGGGACGCGAGUAACCACGUGGCCAUCGGCCUGAUACUGGCCUGUCCAUCAUGUGCGUUCGACAUUUGCAUAGUGGAUGGGACUUUGCAAUAAACGAUGGAAUUAGCCUAA